UCGCAGUUCUUUGGCAUGAAGCGCGCUUUCGAACGUGGAACGUCUAGUCGAGCCGAGGCAAACGAGCAGACGGACGUACAGGACAGAAUCAGUCGAUCCUCUACGUUCGCGAGAAUACGAUGUUUAUCGUUCAAUAAAAGUGUUUGAAAAAAAAAAAAAUCAAGAUACAACAUUGCUAUCCAUACUUACCUCGAACUUUGACCGAACUGUCAGCGAGUUGACCGAUUAUCACAAUCCCACAAUAACGCAGACAAGUAACCAUGAAAACUUGAUCUUCAUUUUAAGUAACUCAUUGCCUAAAAUAAUAAAAUAUAAAGUAAAUAAAUAAUAAAAAAAAAAAUAUUAGUAAAUAAUAAAUAAUUAAAAUAAAUUUGAUAAUUAAUUUAUAAUAUUUAAAUAAAUUAAGUUGAUUAUUUUUGAAUAAAAGUUUUGAACAUUUAGACUGAUAGUAAUCAUUAGUAAAAACGUAUUAAGAACUCGGACGAGUGGAAAUGUGACCAAAGAACAAAAGUUUGGUUAAUACAAAAAAAAAAAAAUAAAUAAAUAAAUAAAUAGAUACCACGGGAUAACACGUGAAAGUUUUUUUUACGUGGCAUUAGUUUGAAAUAACAAAAAAGUCCUCGGAAUUAUUUUAGUUAACAGUAGAGUGGUUGCAUGAUAAGUAAAAGCACCGUAGACUAUUUCAAAGUGAAUUAAAUAAAAGUUUGAGAGAGUGAGAGUGAAAAGCGAAUUUUGUUAUGAGCCAAUGUCAGUGUAAAGUUAGUGUGGAGUUUGUUGAUUUGGCUGAAAAGCAAACGAGAUGAGGAUGCAUUCGACAAUUGUUGUUUUCGCUUUAUCUCUUACACUUUUAUUCAUUAGUGUACGUCUAACUAGUUGUCGAAUUCUUAUUACCAAUGACAAUUUUACUGAUACGACAACACCAUCAAGAAGACCAAGUUUCACGAUUCAAGAGUUAAUCAACACUCAAUUCCCACAUGCAAUCACUGGAGACUUUGAUCUUGAUAUUUGCAAAGCAGGUGGUUUUUUUCGAGAUAUUGCACUGCCAAAUGUUGAAUACGAGACUGAGUACCGACAACAAAAAUUAAACAAAAGCUACCUUGAGGAGUUGGAGAAGUAUCAUGAUGAAGUACUUAAGGAAGGACUCCAAGUUGAAGAAGAGGGACUUACAGAAAUUUUACAAUUUAAAAAUGACCAAACCAAAGAUGAACCAGCAUCAAUUUUAUCGUUGGAAAAAUCAGAACCAAUAAUUACAAAUCGUAACCAGUACAGCAUGGGUUCAGAAGCUGUGGACUAUGAAAUAAAAAAUAAUGACAAAAAUCCAAGUGUCACAGACACUGGUUACGAAUUCAGAUCGGAAGAAUCAACGAAACAUUUUAAGAAAUUAAAUUACCAGGAAGAGUUGUCAACAAGAAGACCUAAAACUGUCAUCGAAGGAUCUUCGAAGACUGCUAGAGUUAGACAUGCUCAUCACAGUUCACGAGAGUUAACGACUAAAGAUCCUUUUUCAGUUAUAACACUAGAAGAAACAACAGACACAGGAUCAAGAAAACGUCAACGUCGUCAUCAUCGUCGAAGACAAACAAGAAGACGUCACCAUCAACGGCGUAUAAAGACAUCAUAUCUAAGAGACUCAGAAGAUAGUUUAGAUGACGUAUCACUUCACAAUCGUCGUCUUCGGGACAUAGAAUUCUACAAUGAGCACAAGUUGAAAUUUCAAGCACGCCAGAGAAGAGAAACUACAAGAGCAUCAGAAGUCAAAAACUCAUUGAACAGACAACGAAGAGCGGCAACAGCACGUAAGGAGCGUGUUUGGGAUCACGGGGUUAUCCCUUAUGAGAUUGACGGUAAUUUCUCAGGAGCACAUAAAGCACUUUUUAAACAAGCGAUGCGACAUUGGGAGAAUUUUACGUGCGUUAAAUUCGUUGAAAGGGUCAACAGAGAACAUCCUAACUACAUCGUCUUUACAGAAAGACCUUGCGGAUGUUGUUCAUUUGUGGGAAAAAGAGGCAAUGGACCACAGGCUAUCAGCAUUGGGAAGAAUUGCGAUAAAUUUGGAAUUGUAGUACACGAGUUAGGCCAUGUCGUCGGUUUCUGGCAUGAGCACACUCGACCAGAUCGUGAUCGGCACGUUCAGAUCAUUAGAGACAAUAUUAUGGCCGGCCAAGAAUACAACUUUAACAAAUUGACCAAUGAAGAAGUUGACUCUCUUGGGUUACCUUAUGAUUAUGAUUCUAUCAUGCACUACGCUAAGAAUACAUUCUCUAAAGGAACGUAUCUUGAUACAAUUUUACCAAUAGAAAAUACUGGAAAGAAACGCCCUGAAAUUGGUCAAAGAAUUCGGCUUAGUGAAGGGGAUAUAGCACAAACUAAUCUUCUCUAUAAAUGUAGCAAAUGUGGUAGAACCUUUCAAGAGAAUAGUGGAAGUUUUGGAUCUCCUACUCACCCCAACAGCUCGCCAUCCGUCGAGGGUGAACGAUGUGAGUGGAGAAUUACUGCAACACAUGGGGAAAAAAUUGUCCUGAACAUUACAUCGUUGGAUAUAUACAAAAGCGAUUAUUGUAAAGCAGACUAUUUGGAAAUUAGAGACGGAUAUUGGCACAAAAGUCCAGUCUUAGGACGUUUUUGUGGAAGCGGAAAGAUUCAUGAGCCCAUAAUUUCAACUGGUAGUCGUAUGUUAGUGACGUAUAUAAGAACAAGCCAGGAGAGUGGAUACCGUGGAUUCACGGCGAAUUAUGAAGCAGUUUGUGGUGGCGACAUAAAUCUUGAUAGCGUUGGUCACCUUGAAUCACCCAACUAUCCUGAAGAAUAUCAGUCAAGUAAAGAAUGUAUUUGGCGAUUGACUGUUCCACAAGACUAUCAAGUUGCUUUAAAAUUUCAAUCAUUUGAAAUUGAGAAUCAUGAUAAUUGUGUAUAUGACUACGUUGAAGUUCGAGAUGGACACAGUUCAGACUCACCCCUUAUUGGACUCUACUGCGGUUACAAAGCUCCCCCGGAUCUUCGUUCCACUGGAAACAAACUUUUCGUUAAGUUUGUUAGCGAUGGCUCCGUUCAAAAGGCUGGAUUCUCAGCUACUGUAAUGAAAGAAUUCGACGAGUGUACAAUGAAUGAUCACGGGUGUGAGCACGAUUGUACAAAUACCUUAGGUGGUUACGAAUGCUCGUGUAGAAUAGGAUACGAACUUCAUUCCGAUGGGAAGCAUUGCGAAGAUGCAUGUGGAGGAGAAUUUAAUGUAAGCAACGGUACUAUUACAAGUCCCUCAUUUCCCGAAAUUUAUCCUGGUAACAAGAACUGUAUUUGGGAGAUUGUAGCGCCUCCACAUUACCGGAUUACUCUAAACUUUACUCAUUUUGAUUUGGAAGGAAAUAAAAUGUACCACCAAGAAUGUGAAUACGAUUUUCUUGAAGUUUAUAGUAAACUUGGCGAUGAUGCUUUUAAAAAACAUGGUGUCUUUUGUGGUUCUAAAAUGCCUUCACCGAUCAUUUCAGAAAAAAAUACUAUGAGAAUUAUUUUUACUUCCGAUCAAAAUAUACAAAAAAGUGGAUUUGCUGCAGUCUUCUUCACGGAUAUGGAUGAGUGUGAAAAUAAUAAUGGAGGUUGUCAACACGAGUGUCAUAAUACAAUCGGAUCUUAUGAGUGUUCCUGUCAUAAUGGUUUUAAACUUCAAGAGAACGGGCAUGAUUGUAGAGAGGGAGGUUGUAAAUACGAAAUAACAAAUCCCACUGGAACGAUUACCUCACCCAAUUAUCCUGAUUACUAUCCCUCAAAAAGAGACUGCGUCUGGCACUUUACUACUACUCCUGGCCAUCGAAUAAGACUGACUUUCAAAGUGUUUGAGAUGGAAUCCCAUCAAGAGUGUGCCUAUGAUUUCAUAGCCAUUUACAACGGUGAUUCUCCUGACAGUCAUACUCUUGGUAAAUUCUGUGGAACCAAAAUGCCACAUUCUAUUGACGCAACUAGUAAUCACAUGUUUAUGGUUUUUAAGAGUGAUAUGUCAGUUCAAAAAAAAGGAUUCUCUGCUGUUCACUCUACUGUUUGUGGUGGACAUUUAAUGGCCAGUAAUGAAGUGAAAUACAUCUACUCUCACGUUAGAUUUGGAACUCAUAACUAUGAUCAUCAUGCUGAUUGUGAUUGGAUUAUCGAAGCGCCUAUUGGAAAAAGUGUUCAUCUGACAUUCAUAUCUUUCCAAUUAGAAUAUGAAGAAGACUGCUCUUAUGAUUUUGUUGAAAUUUACUCAGGGCAAGAUGCAUCUGGUCCAAGUUAUGGAAAAUUCUGUGAUGCUAAUAUCACUGACAUCGUUUCAAUGCACGAAGCCCUUUUGAUAAGAUUCAGAACUGAUGACACAGUGUCAAAUAAAGGCUUUUCUGCGGCAUACGUUGCUAUCGACCGUCAAGAUAGCGACGAGAACCUUGGAGGAAUCGACGAAGAAGACAAUUUCUGAUCCCUAACCAGGCUCGGGAAUUUCCUAGAGCCUCAAAAACGCGAUAGCGAUACCGAUCGUUCGGCAAACCAUCGUCGAGUUGAAUUGUCACCGUCAUUAUCGUACCACCGAAAUGUUUUUCAUAAUUUUUCAAACAAAAAAAAAUCUCAUCGAUUCGAUUCUAGAGGAAGGUCUCGACGUGGAAAAUUUAAUGGCGUUUCUUCACCUCGAGAAAAUUAUCGAGCACGUUACAAACGAAAAAGAACUCGUAUGUACUUGAACUGAAAUUGAUGGAAGUUUUCCUGCAAUUACAUUAUAAACUCAAUGCGAUCAACAAAUAUUCGUGCCAUGUAAUUUAAAAGUAGAUUAAUAUUGACGAUGUUCCUUAAUAUUAAAUUAACUGAAUGUGGAUAAUUAAUUUGUUAGAAAGAAUAUUGAACACGGUGUAUCACAUUAUGAAUCACUGCCUGAAAUUUGAAAUGGAUUUUUUUUCAUAACUUUGUAUUCAUUUCUCGUUGUAAUAAAUUCAGAAUAUUAUCAAAAUUAAUGAUAAUAAAUUGUUUUUAAUAUAGACAUAGAUUUUUCUGUAAAUAGAUAGUGAAAAUUAAUGAGUAGUUCGUUGCUGUCAUUUACAUGUCGACAACGUCAAACGUAAAUAUUACUCAUGAAGAUCUAUAUAUGUAAUAAAAAAAACAAGUAGAAAAAUAACUAUUAAUUAUAAUAUCUAUAAGAAUAAAAUCAACGAACUUAUAAGCAACCUUUAGGGAUAAAUGUAUUAAAAUAUAUCAAAAAAUUCAAGUAGAUAUAUAGUAGAAAAUAAUGAAUCAUUUUAAACAUACCUUUAUAUUAAAUAUGGAUUGUAUGUGUUUAUCUUUAUGGGUGGAUGAGUUCAUAAAUGUUUGAAUCUUUAUCUGGGAAUAAAAAAUAAUACAUAUACGAUCAAUACAAUUGAUGUAUUCAUGUUCUUGUCGUUUACCCAACUAUUGUUUUCAAAAAACAGAAUAAAUAAAAAAAUUCUAAUUAA